UUUCAUGUUUUUUAUAAAAAACAUGAAAUGAUGUGUCCAGAUACAAUAAGUCCAUGGAUCUACUGAUAUCACUCGGGAGGGUUGAAUAAUAUUUUAAAGCAAAAACAAAGUGCUUUUGUGUUUUUGUGUGGACAUAAUUCGGCUUCCCCCACCUCUGGCUGGAAGUUGUCUAAAGGUUGUCUAAAGUUUGAAGCAAAGUAUAAAAGCUGUGGGAGUGGUAGUUAAGACAGAUCACUGUGUACUAUUCUGUCACAUACAUCCACCUACAUUAAAAUGUUCUCUCCAUGUGAAGAUAGCCAGCUCUCCAAAGAAUUAGCUACAUUUUGUGAAGAAAUGGAACUUAAUUCAGCUUUAGUGGAACUUUGUAUACAGGCAGAAAAGGAGCAAGCUAUUUUCUCAAAUCAAAGUGGAGGAGGUUUGAAACGAAGAGUUACUGACACAAUACAACCUCCGAGUAAGCGGCCCUGUAAUCAAAAACCUUCUACGUCUGCUGAUGCAUCACGAAGCUCAAAUGGUGGUGAGGAGUGUUCAAAUUCGAUAAAUCCAAAUAAUAGCAUCGAGUGUCCUGGCUGUAAAAUAUACGUUAGUCGAAGAUACUUUCACAAUCACCUCCGAAGUAAAUUGCACAUAAAUAAUGUUCUAAAGAGUUCUGUGGAAAACUUAUAUAAUGUUCGAUUAAUAGAGAAUGCUUUCGGCCAAAGGAUUGCAACUUAUAGAAUUUCUAAUUAUCCUAAUUCAAAUGUUUUCGGGAACCAAGAGUUUGAAACUCCGGAAUAUUUUCUUAACACGAACAAAGAAAUCAUUACGGAGUUAAUCUAUAAACUUCUAAAAGUUCAUAAUUCAAUUAAAAUUAAUUUUACAUUAAAUGGAGACUUUAUUCAACAAUCGAAAGAUUUAGAAAACAACUUUGACUUCCAAACGUCAAAUUUCGUAUUUUGCAUAGGUAACGAAUUUAAUAAUAUUCUUUCUGAAAUAUUUGAGCAUAUUUCAAUAAAAGUAAGUAAUUUUGAGAAAAGAGAUAGUGGUUGGAGUUUAAAAAAAAAUAAUUACCUUGAUUUAAAUAUUAACAAAUUUAGCCCAUUAAGAGGUUCUUCUUUUAUAGAUCUCCCCCAAGAUAUAAAAAAUAAAAACGCUGUAAUUAAUGUCAAAAAUAAUGAUUAUCAAUGUUUUCAAUGGGCUAUAAUUUCGGCUCUAUAUCCAGUUAAAGCUAACGUGGAUAGAGUUAGUUCAUAUUCAUCAAAAGCAAAUACUUAAAAUUUUACGAACAUCCCAUUUCCAGUAAAAGUAAAGGAUAUAAAUAAGUUUGAGAGAUUGAAUAAUAUAAGUGUUAAUGUUUUUGGACUUGAUCAUGAUAUAGAACGCAAUAAUUCGAUAGUUAUUGGACCACUCUAUUUCACCAAGUGCCGAAAACAACAACAUGUAAAUUUGCUGUACUUAAAUAACGACACACACGGGCACUAUUGUUAUAUCAAAAAUUUAUCGCGAUUAGUAAGUAAGCAAGUGAAUUCUAAAAUGAGCGCUAAACAUAUCUGUGAUGGAUGUCUGCUUAUUUUCUCAAAAGAGACUGAACUAAAUUCUCAUCAGGAACGGGACUGUACCCAUAAAAUAGUGAGUGUACCAGAUAUCGCUAAUGCUAGAUUAUCAUUCAACAAAUAUGAGCGGAAACUUAAAUUACCAUUUGUUGUUUAUGCGGAUUUUGAAGCAUUUUUAAAACCUAUACAGGGCUGUGAUAGUAACCCAGCCUCAUCAUAUACAACAAACUACCAAAAACAUGAAGUAUAUAGUUUUGGAUACUACAUUAAAUGUAAAUUUAAUGAUAGCCUAUCAAAAUAUAGAACGUAUACGGGUAGUGAUUGCGCAAAAGAGUUUAUGCUAUCUCUUUAUAGUGAUAUAAGUCAUAUUUUUAAUAAUGAAUUGAAAUUUGUAAAUCCACUACCUCUUACAGCAGUUGAUAAUGUAAAAAUAUCCCAAACAACUAUGUGUUACAUAUGUGAUAAGAAACUAGGUUCUGAUUUUAUAUUAGAUUUUGAUAAAUUCAGCGGUACUUUUACUUUUUUUUGUGUCACAAAAAUUGUAGUAAAAAGUUUAAAAUCCCAAAUUUUUUCCCCAUAAUUUUACAUAAUCUAAGUAAUUACGAUGCUCAUUUUAUUGUUCAUGCACUUAACUUUAUGGACGGAUUAAUACGCAUUAUACCACAGACCAAAGAACGAUAUAUUUCAUUUUCCAAAAUCGUAAAAAUUGGGCGGGAACAAGUUGAAUUACGAUUUAUAGAUUCUUUUAAAUUUUUAUCAUGUAAAUUAGAAACAUUGAGUAAUAAUCUAAAUAAUCAAGACUUUAUCGAAUUACGCCGAAAUUUUCAAAACGAAAAUGAUUUCUUCUUCCUAAAACGAAAAGGGGUAUACCCAUAUGAUUAUAUGACAUCGUUCGAUUCAUUAAAAUUAACAUCGCUCCCUACUCAAAAACAUUUUUUUAGCACACUUACAAACAGUGCUGUAUCAGAUGACGAUUAUAAACAUGCCACUGAUGUGUGGCAUCAUUUUAAAUGUCGUAAUAUGGGUGAUUACUCUGAUUUAUAUUUAAAAACAGACGUACUACUAUUGACAGAUGUAUUUGAAAAUUUUAGAAAUGUAUGUAUUAAAACAUAUGACUUGGACCCCGUCCAAUAUUAUACAGCUCCUGGUCUUAGUUGGGAUGCAAUGAUGAAGCAUACACAAGUAACAUUGGAGCUGCUUACUGAUUUUGAUAAAGUUGCUUUUGUUAAAUCAGGUAUACGUGGUGGGGUUUCACAGUGUAGUAAUCGAUAUGCACAUGCUAAUAAUGUUUACAUGGAUGAUUUUGAUGAAAAAGCCCCCUCAUCAUAUCUUACAUAUUUAGAUGCUAAUAACUUAUAUGGUUGGUCUAUGUCUCAAUAUCUACCUACUGGUGGAUUUGAGUGGGUUGAUUGCAAUGUGGAUUUUAAUAUACCUAAUAAUUCUAAUGUAGGGUAUAUUUUAGAAGUAGACUUAGAAUAUCCACAAAGUUUACAUGAAUCACAUUCGGAUUUUCCUCGUUGUCCUGAGAAUAUUCUUAUAGGAGGUAGCAAAACUUUAACAUUAGUACCAAAUUUGUAUAAUAAAUCGAAUUAUAUUAUUCACUACAGGAAUCUGAAGCAGUGUAUUGAAUUGGGCUUAAAGUUAAAAAAAAUUCAUAGAGUCUUAAAAUUUGAUCAAAGUCUUUGGUUACAAAAAUAUAUAGAUUUAAAUACACAACUACGAACUAGUGCACAUUCUGAUUUUGAAAAAGAUUUUUACAAAUUAAUGAAUAAUUCAAUAUUUGGCAAAACAAUGGAAAAUAUUGAAAAACGAGUAGAUGUGAAACUUUGCACACACUGGGAGAAUAGGGGUAAAGUUGUUGGCGCACAGUCAUUGAUAACAAGACCCGAAUUUCAUAGUCUUUCGAUAUUUUCUGAAAAUUUAGUCGCUGUUCAACUCAACAGAACUAAAUUUUACUAUGAUAAGCCUAUCUACUUAGGGUUAUGUAUUUUAGAUCUUUCAAAAACUCUUAUGUAUGAUUUCCACUAUAAAUAUAUGAAAAAAAAUAUGAUAUAAAAUGUAAAAUGUUGUAUACAGACACUGAUAGCUUUAUUUAUCAAAUUUUUACUAAUAAUUUCUAUGAAGAUAUUAAACCAGAUUUAAAUAAUUAUUUUGAUACAUCUGAUUACCCUUCAGGUAACGUUUACGAUUUUCCUCAAAUAAAUAAAAAAAAAUUGGAUAUUUCAAAGACGAGAAUAAUGGAACGAUUAUGACUGAAUUCGUAGGAUUAAGAUCGAAGGUGUAUGCGUUUAAGACACAAAAUAAUUUUACUGCGAAAGCAAAAGGUGUAAAUAAAUCUGUAACAAAAAAGUUUAGAAUGGAAAAUUACAGAAAGGUAUUGUUUAAUCAACAGCAAGAAAUAUGCGAAAUGUUUAGGUUUAAAUCUAUUAAGCACAAUAUAUUUACUCAAAAAAACAACAAGAUAUCUCUAUCUCAUUCGGAUACAAAACGUUUUUUGAUUAGUAACUCAACCGAUACCUUAGCUUGGGGUCAUUAUCGAAUAAAUUCAAUUAAUGAUGAUGUUAAUUAGAGUUAUUCAACGAUUUUUGUAAAUAUAGAACUAUUUGAUAUUUUAUAAUAAUGUAAUAAAUCUUAUAAUAAAAUAAGUUGUAACUAUAAAAUAA